AUGUCUCCCGCACCGUUCAAGGUCGUCUUCGUCGGCGCAGGCGAGAUCAACUUUGGCUCGGCAGAAGGCCCGUGGAACCACUCUAAGCGCGUCGAGAGCUCGUUCGGCCAGUCGCUCAGCGUCCUCGGCAUCGUCGACCCGGACUCGGCGCGCGCCGAGAAGCAGAUCGAGCUCAAGAAGGCGGCCGGCGUCCCCGGCUACGACAAGACGGCCAUCUGGCCGACGCCGGAGCUCGCGGGCGAGGCGCUCGGAGCCGACUGCGCGGUCGACCUCGUCAUUGUCGGCGCGCCGCCGCACUUCCGCGGUUGCGCUGCCCCGCCAGCCGACCUCGACCUUCGCCUGCUCGGCGCCCUGCCCAAGACCAAGCACUGGCUCGUCGAGAAGCCCGUGAGCGCGGCGCAGCCGUCGAAGCUCGCCGGCCAGAGCAAGGUCCUCGAGGCGUACAACGCGAGCGGCGCCGUCGUCGGGUGCGGCUACAUGAUGACGGCGCUCAAGGGCGUGGACAUGAUCAAGAAGAUGAUCCAGGACAAGGGCUUGACGGUCAUGGGGACGGCGGCACGGUACUACAUGGCGUACGAGUUCGCUACCAAGCCCGCAUGGUGGAACAAGGUCAUCUCGUGCGGGCCGAUCGUCGAGCAGGCGACGCACCUCGCGUCGCUCUCGCUCCUGUUCGGCGGCGCAGCUCGCCUCAAGUCGGUGCGCACGCAUACGGUCGAGCACUCGGACGCGCCGGGCAAGCUGUCCAAGCUCGGCUUUGACGAGGAGGCGACCGUUCAGCCCGAGUGCCGGAUCCCGAGGUACACGUCGGCCGUUUGGAAGUACAAGGCCGGCGCGGUCGGGUCCCUCACGCACGUCGUCGGCCUGCACGGCAACACGUACGACACCGAGUUCGAGGUCAUCUGCGACGGCACGACGUUCCGCCUCGUCGACAUGUACACGCCGACGCCGCGCCUCUUCAUCCGCCAGUCCGACCAGGGCGCCGAAGUCGAGGUCCACGCCUUUGCGAACGACGACCCGUUCCAGACCCAGAUCGACCGCCUCCUCGCCGGCACGCCCUCGUGCACGUACGAGCAGGCCCUCCAGACGUACGAGUUGACGUGGGCGAUCCGGGAGGCCGGCGAGCGCGAGCGCCUCGAGGACCAGGACGAGUGAGGCGAGGCUCGAGCGCACGCGAGCGAGCGACUUUCUUAGACUCUGUAGAUCCUUCCUCUCGGACCUGUAUCACAC